AUGUAUCCAGGAGGACAACGCCACAUGUCGGGGAGCGACCCCUCGAGGCCGUUUCCCAUUCCACCUCCGCCACCGAUGCCGAGUCAACUCAGCAACAACCUCAUGUCCAUCCCUCCGCCUCCGCCGAGGCACCCAUCUGCACCUGGCGGUACGGGAGGAGGGACAAUGAUGAUCCCACCUCCUCCUGGCCCGCCACCGAACCAGCAACACCCGUGGCAUGGCGGCUUCGGACGCAUGUACGACAGUCGCGGCGGCAUCAACUUUCCUCCCCCUCCGCCCUCAGGUCCGGCCCAGCACCAAGCCUACAAUCCCAUGUCCCAUGCCCACGUCGCAGCCGGCACGACCCUAUCCAUUGCCCCGCCGCCGUCUAUGAACGAACAAAUGUCUGCGACCUAUAUCCCUGACGGUACUACUUACGGCGAGGGCGUCGGCAUCCCAGGUCUUGGGGGAGGCUUCGACGAGUCGUUGACUUACGCCACGACCCUGAACUCGUGGCCCACCGCCAGCCAAGGUACCACGGACGCCCUGAACACCACGCAGCCGGACGAUGCGGCCGCCCGGGCAUCUGGUGCGACCGACAACACGCGCGACAACACGCGUGACACGCCCAUCGUCUCCUCUGGUGGCUCUUCCUCCACCAUCCCAUUCGACCUGGCCCAACACUGGCCCAUGGACAAAGUGCUUCUCUGGCUCGCCGCAAACCACUUCUCGAAAGACUGGCAACAGACCUUCAUCUAUCUCAACUUGCACGGUGUUCGCUUCCUCGAGCUCGGUGUCGGUCACGGCGGCCGGGGCAAUUUCGGCAUCAUGCACCAGCAGGUCUAUCCCAGACUAGCCAUUGAAUGCACCAACAGCGGCACCGGAUGGGACCAGCCUCGCGAACGGGAAGAGGGAAGGAGGAUGCGCCGCCUCGUGCGUAGUAUCGUCACCGGGAAGCCCUCCGACGCAUCUCGGAUGCCUUCGUCCCAUGCCAGGAAAGAGUCGCUGAAUCACGGCAACACCCUGCACAGCGCGGGGACCGACCCAACAGAUUCCCCUGGCACCACCUUGGGCAUCAAAGCACCGGGCCCCGGUUUCGGUGGACGACGCUUCUCGCCGACCAGAGCCACGACCAUGCCGAUUCUGACCGACAACACGACGUCCCAGUCGAGCCGAGGAACCUUUUACAACAACGUGGACAGCGACGGGGAAGGCUCGGCCAGGCCUUCCGCCGCUCGGACAGAAAGCCCGGCGAGCCCGAAUCCCCAUGGGUUCUUUGGGCCCUCUACCGGAAAUGUGUCGGCCUCACCCCGCUCCACCAAGUUUGGUCAUCGCUCGAGGAAUAGCACCGAUUCGCUCUCGUCCAACACGGCGCGGUACGGCUCCGGUGUUCCGCAAGAGGCCUCGCAGCUCUUCCGAAACGGCAUGACGAUCAAUGAGAUUGCCGCCGGCGGCCAUAAUAGCGAAGGCCGCCGCACUUCGCCCGCAGACUCGGCUGGCGGCGGCGGCGGCGGCGACAAGUCGGCCGGUUCCGAGCCUUCCACGUCGGUCAAAGACGCGAGGGGCUUCCUGGGCCUAGGUUUCUUGAGAAAGAAGAAACCAAAGGACGAAGCCAUCGGGUACAGCCCCGACACCGAGUCCUCUCCCGACGACUCCUCCGUCGUCAGUUUCAAAACGCCGUCUGGGACCCGGCCAGGUAACGCGAGCGAGACUUCCUUGGAAAUUCGACCUUCCCCGAGUUUCAAUCUCGACUCUUUCAGCACGGUCCUGGGACUCUCUCCAAACGUCUCGCGGUUAGAGAGGACGUUCGUCCUCGCCACCAUGGAUGGCUGGAACUACCGCAUGUGCGACAUCACCAAUGGCGAAUCGCCCGCCGACAUUCGUCACAUCAUCUGUGCGGGUCUUGGCUUGACCGAUUCCCAGAACGCGCAGUUCUUUGCGACGGAGCUCGGCAAGUUCGAUCACGACGAGCCCCUGGACGGCCAGAAGCUCCUUGCGCAGAAGCGUCACAAGGCCGACUCGGUCGGGUCGCUCAAGUUCUACGUCCGGCCCGCCGGAUUCGGCUUGCAGGGUGGACUCACCGCAAACGGGAACGGCUUUCCUGCGUCGCUGGCCCCAGGCACGCCCCUCGACGGAGGAGGUGAUUCGCCCGAUCGCAUCAAUGGAUCGCGGGCGAGAUCUAGCUCGUCGCCACCUAGCGCAAGACCAGACGUCCUGACAGGUGACAAUGUCGACGGAAAGCUGCAGGACUCUAGCCGUUACCGUGCCGAUGUGGAACGGAAGCAGAGAGAGUACUUGGCCAAGCGGCGACAGGCGGCAGAGACGAGGGACAAUGCCAUGCACGCGCCAGAGGUCGUCGGCGGCUACGGCAUCGCGGGGCGCAGCGUCGACUUUGACCAGCCACGCCAGUCGCCCUACGACGAGAAGAGACCGGAUCACCUCUUCCCGGUACGGAAACCACCUGCACCACCCAGCGACCCCUCGGCCACGUUGAUUAAGGCCAAUUCCCUGAGCAAGAGGGGAGGUCUUCAUCAGCAGCGCUCCUCGACCGGGCUGGAUAGCUCGCGCCGGCCGCCGACGUUGACCGAAGAGGAUCGGGAGAGCUUCGACAAGAGCGGAAGGAAACCGUCAAGCCCAGCCAUGGGCACCAGCGUAGGUGCGGCGUUCGCCUCCAUGGGUAGGGGUCUUGGAGCCAUCGCACAGCCUGGGUCGUCAUCUACAAGUAAGCGGCGGUUGGGCUCUGACAACAAGAGCCAGUCAACGUCAGCUCAAAAGAAGGGUGCUCCACCCGGUCGUCGCAAGUCCCACGGCCCCGACUUUGACUUUGAGGAAACGGAUGUCAGCUUUUCGAGCCCUGCACGCCAAGCUCAGCCGUCCGAUGACGAUGACUCCGAAGACGAUUCGGACGACGGGCUCUUCGCCGUCCCGAUUAAGCAACCCAGUCGGAGCUCUGGCGGCGGCGGCGGCGGCGGUGGCGGCGGUGGUGCAGCCGACACCAGCCCCAAACGACCGACUCUCACGUUGAACACGUCAAGGUCGAGAAAGACCUUGUCGGUGUCAUUCACAUCACCACCAUCCGGAGGCAGCCCGGGCGGAAAUCAGAUACCGGAUAUGGAGGAAGAGGAAGCGGCGAGCGCGAGGAGCGGGCGUAGCUCCCGACGCACACCGAACACGCCGGGGUCCGAUAACUGGGACACCGAAGACGUCAAGCUCAGCCGACGCAAGUCGUUCGUGGAGAAGGACGUGUGGGCCAACCGGCCGACGGCUGAAGCGCUCAUCAACAACCUAGACGAUUUCUUCCCCAACCUGGAUCUGGACCAGCCAGUGCUCGACCCACCGGGACCUGACGAGCUGGGCCUUGCCGCCGGGAUCGAAGGGGCCCCGGUGCCAGGUCCCUGUCCCGACGUGGCCAAGGACAAAGGAGGCGUUGGCCCGUCGGCUGGGCCGUCGAGCUCUUCGGUUUCGCUGGCCCCGUCCAGGAUGUCGAGCGUCUACGACGACAACGACACGCUGGGGUCGGACGAGUCGACUCUCAAGGCACUCGAACGGUCCACGGGCACGAUCGACAGCGUCGCGCAAAGGAACACGCGCAAGGCGGGUGGGCUGGGGCGGAUGAAGUCGAUCCGCGAAGUGGCUCGCGGUGCGCACGAAGCGCAUAAGCGGCUGACGACGGCGUCGCAGCGGUCGGUGGGACAGGGCAGCAGCAGCACGUCGCUGAUGCGGAGGAAGAGCACCAAGAUGUUCAACGCCAACAUUGUGCAGAUCCGGCCGGACCAGCGCGGCAGCAUGAUGAUGCCUCCGCUGCCGCAGGAGUACCUGCCGAAGCGGCAGACGACGUUCCGGUGGUUCAAGGGCCAGCUGAUCGGCAAGGGCACGUACGGGCGGGUGUACCUGGGGAUGAACGCGACGACGGGCGAGUUCCUGGCGGUGAAGGAGGUGGAGGUGAACCCCAAGGCGGCGGGCGGGGACCGGGCGAAGAUGCGGGAGCUGGUGGCGGCGCUGGACCAGGAGAUCGAGACGAUGCAGCACCUGGACCACGACAACAUCGUGCAGUACCUCGGGUGCGAGCGCAAGGAGACGUCGAUCAGCAUCUUCCUCGAGUACAUCUCGGGCGGGAGCAUCGGGUCGUGCCUGCGGAAGCACGGCAAGUUCGAGGAGUCGGUGGUGUCGUCGCUGACGCGGCAGAUCCUGAACGGGCUGGCGUACCUGCACCGGGAGGGCAUCCUGCACCGCGACCUCAAGGCGGACAAUAUCCUGCUGGACCUGGACGGGACGUGCAAGAUCUCGGACUUUGGCAUCUCGAAGAAGACGGACAACAUUUAUGGCAACGACAAGAGCAAUUCGAUGCAGGGGUCGGUGUUCUGGAUGGCGCCCGAGGUGGUCCGGUCCGAGGGCAAGGGGUAUAGCGCCAAGGUGGACAUCUGGAGCUUGGGGUGCGUGGUGCUCGAGAUGUUCGAGGGGCGGCGUCCGUGGAGUAAGGAGGAGGCGGUGGGUGCGAUUUACAAGAUUGCCAACAGGGAGACGCCGCCUAUCCCGGACGAGGUGCGGGAGACGGUCAGUCCUCUGGCGCUGUCCUUUAUUUGGGAUUGCUUUACAGUCAACCCGCAUGAGCGACCUACAGCCGACGUGCUCCUCUCGCAGCACCCGUUCUGCGACAUGGACCCGAACUACAACUUUUACGACACGGUGCUACAUGCCAAGAUUCGGGGUAGGGAAUUUUAG